GCGCGAACGUAAACUUGCGCGCGCCGGCCGUGUUCGGUGACGGCCGCAGUAGUGCCGCCUCUGGCUCGAUCGGCGGAGGAGGCCCGUCGCGGGGCCCACGUCGGUGCCGCCGAAGAACCUGUUGGGCACCCACGCGCCGCGGCCGCUUCUGGGAUGUCCGUACGCGUCCCGACGUGCUCGUACGCCGCCGACGAGUGGGCGGCACCGAUCGGGCGACAGCACCCGUUUCGGAGACCGAGCAGCGACGAGGAUAUGGAGCGGACCGGGCCGUGCUGCUUCUUCUGGUGGUGCCCACCGUCAUCGGGCGCCGUCUGGCUCCGCGUGACCUGCAUUCUGCUUCUCCUAUGUGUCUUGCCGAAAGAAGGCGAAGCUCGGCGUAGGCGCAUCUUCGACGACUGCCCCGAGAGCCGGCUGCCGGUGGCCGAGGCUGACCUCGUCAUCACCGCCACCGUGGAACGGCUGCUCCAGGAUGGGGCGCAGGUGAGCGUCCGUGUGCAUCGUCCGCUGAAGGGCGGGCCCCGCGAGCUGGGCGGCUCCGUACUCCUGGUGGAGGGGCUGGACAACGAGGCCCUGUGCGGCACGCGGCUCACGCAGGGCGACACGCGCCUCUUCCUGCUCAAGGGCGGCGCCUCCGAGGGCCGCACCAGGCUGCUGUCGUCUCCGCUGCGCCUCACGCUGCCCAACCUGGACAAGCUGCAGGCCGCUGUCAACGGAGAAUCAUAUCGGAGACGACUGCAUGAGCGAGACCUGCCGUGCGAGGCCAAGUACUGCCCCUGGAACGGCGACUGCACGGAAGACCGGCUGGGAUCCGCGCGCUGCAGUUGUCCGACGUCGUGCGACUUCGAGUCGAAGCCCGUGUGCGCCACCGACGGGGUCACCUACCCCAGCCGGUGCAAGAUGCGCGUCGACUCGUGCCGCAAGCAGAAGAGGCUCUGGUCGCGCCACCAGGGCACCUGCCACGCUACGCCGCCGUACGGGUCGCCCUACUGAUGAUCUCGCGUAACGCACUCCUCUUUCUAUACCCCCCCGGCACUAGCCUCAUCUAGCAAACCAGACCUCCCCGCCAUUCCUCUCUUUGCUCUCACUCUCUCUCACCCACUCGUGGUCGGCGCUUGGCUUGUGUCUCACACCUCACCUCAGUGGCUCGCACUCAAGUUGGCGAUGAAUCGAAAAGCUCCGCGUCGUUUAGAGUCGCAUGUCGUCGACCACGACUUUCUUUCUCCACAUAGUUCUUCGUUAAAUUUGAAAUGAAGCGACGUACGUGACGUUUGUGGAGAAAAUUAAAUGGGCACUAAAGAGAACAGUGAUUUCACCUAGGAUACUAAAAGUGUCAUUGUUACCGCGAAUAGAGUCUCGGUGGCCGGAAAAGGCGCAAAUAGAAAAGGCAGCUUACGACGCCACUCUGAAGUUCCCGCCCUACCGCGCCGUGACGUGAUGGAUUUGGACGGCAUCUGCUGAGGCCUAGUUAGUAAAAUUAUUGGUGAAAAUGAACUAAAUUGUGUUCUAAAGCAGGACUAGAUUUAACAUGGCAAGUUUCGGGAACUUAUACAAGGCCAACGCUGCCCAAAUGCGAAAAAAAAAACUUUGAAAUCCGUGACCUUACACUUAGGUACUGGCCGCGAGGUUUCAGCAAGAAAUUGAGAAAAUUGAAAUUUGACCUUCAUUUUAUCCUCUAAUAUUCAACAUAUUGCGAAAUUACACAUAAUAAACUUUUCAAAUAAUAAUUUAUCAGUAUAAACUGACUUAGUGUUUUAUUGCGAUAGCAAUUAUAUGGACACUUCAACCGGAUUUCUGCCGUCGGCGUCGCCGUCGCCGUCGUCGUGAGGUUCCCUAUAGAUUCCCAGGGCGAUAAAAUCGGCGCCGCGCGCCGUAAGCGCGAGCGAAAGCGCGCGGGGGACGCGCGCUAUCACGGAGGGCGAACUCCCCCGCGCGCUAUCAGGGAGAGCGAACGCACGGCGGAAAGCAAACGCGACCGUCGCGCGAAAGGCUGUGGGGGUAUGGGAGGGAGGGAGGC